AUGAGUCUCCGGAAAGCUGUGAAGACCUCAGGUCCUGCUGGGCCCACAGGAGCUACAGAGCAGCCCUGCAGACGGAACUUAAGGAUUGACGACUUUGAAAUUGGGCGUCCGCUGGGCAAGGGGAAAUUCGGCAACGUGUACCUGGCUCGGCUCAAGGAGAACCACUUCCUUGUGGCCUUGAAGGUCCUCUUCAAAUCGCAGAUCGAGAAGGAAGGAUUGGAGCAUCAGCUGCGCAGGGAGAUUGAAAUCCAGGCCCAUCUACAACACCCCAAUAUCCUGCGCCUCUACAACUACUUCCAUGAUACGCGGCGGGUGUACCUGAUUCUGGAAUAUGCUCCCAGGGGCGAGCUCUACAAGGAGCUACAGAAAUGCCACCGAUUAGAUGAGCAGCGCACAGCCACGAUCAUGGAGGAGCUGGCAGAUGCCCUGAUCUACUGCCAUGAGAAGAAGGUGAUUCACAGGGAUAUUAAGCCAGAGAAUUUGCUGCUAGGGCUCAGGGGUGAGGUGAAGAUCGCAGACUUUGGCUGGUCUGUGCACACCCUUUCUCUAAGAAGAAAGACGAUGUGUGGGACUCUGGACUACCUGUCCCCCGAAAUGAUCGAGGGGAGAACAUACAAUGAGACAGUGGAUCUAUGGUGCAUCGGGGUGCUCUGCUAUGAACUUCUGGUUGGCAGUCCUCCCUUCGAGAGCCCCACACACACCGAGACCUACAGACGCAUCCUUAAGGUGGACGUGCGUUUCCCCACCUCACUGCCUUCUGGGGCCCAGGACCUGAUCUCCAAGCUGCUCAGAUACCAGCCCUUGGAGCGGCUGCCCCUGGCCCAGGUUCUGGAGCACCCCUGGGUCCAGGCCCACUCUCGUAGGGUGUUGCCUCCCUCAACACAUGAGGCUUCCUGAGCCCAGUCUGUUCUGUUGUUUUGUGUUUGU